AACCAAGUUCUUUGACUUGGCAGUCGUUGUUCACAUAUUGCCGUGCGUUGAAUUUGAAAAAAUUGAAAUUACUAAACGGUAUAUUCGGCCCCUAACAUUCAAAGUUCUCUUCGUGUUAAUGAAAGAAAUCCGAACCGUGUUCCACUGGUGGGAGUUACUUCCUCUUUACAUGAGGUCAUUGGUCUCGUUAAUAAGGAGAGGCACGUUGCCUGGCCCGACCUCUCUGUCCAGGACGACGUCCACGAGUAUUGCGGCGCUUCUUGAUGUGUUGUGGCUUGCUUGGCGCGACUUGUCACUCACUCAUGGAUUCCCAGGCCGCCUUUGUCUCGAUCUUCUCCGACAAAGUGAGGCAAGUCCAGUCCGAUGCCCCCAGGACCAAGAGCGUCUUCCAGUAUUUGUCGGGAUGAUUCCUCAAUUCGCUCAAAACACAUGUCUUCAUCAGCUCAUCGUUAAUGGUCACACCGGCACGCUCGAGGCGACAGCGAAGCCAGUUAGCUCGGCGCUUAAAUUCAAGGAGGUUAUCGAACUGAGAGUGGUGUAUAUGACUGAGUUCCCUCACCAAGUUGACAUUGGCAGAUGUGUGGAGGUGAAAAAUGACAUCCCAGCGAUGAUUAGCAUCCCACAAGGCCUUUGGAUCGAGGUCAUCCGGCAAUUCGUUGGUGUCAUAUCCGGAGAGACUAAGUUUCGAAUAGAUAGGCUUAAUGCUGUAGUAGAUGAUUCGGUAGGCGCAACGUCUUCUAUCAUUGAAAGUUUGAAGGUCCUGGCAGUCCUCGGGAGUGUCACCAGGUGGAGGUGUUUCCGUCCCUUUGACAAAACCCUCAAGACCAUGUAUCCUGAGAGUUCCUAGGACUCUACGGUCCCAUGACUCAAAGUUUUCUUCUCCUUUGAGUUGUGGAAGCAUCAAGCCGACGUCUGGGGGGUGUCUGGCCAAAGGGGCCAUCUUGGAUGGCGAAUGUCGUUGGCCGACUCGUGAGGUUUUUGAUCACACGAAACGGAGCUAAUCAAAGUGUUAGUUCCGUUUUCGAAGUUGAAGUGUUCAAAGCCCAAAGCUUCAAGGUAACUUGACGAAGGCUUAGCUGAAGAAACACAAU